UACCCGACCCUGUGGCCCGCCGGAGCGCUGAGGGACGGGAACGCGUCAGGCUGAAGAACGGAAGCGAGAGGCGGGGGACGUGUUUGGCGGUGGGCACGCUGUUCCCGCUCGCGGUUCAGUUUGUUUCUGGGCAAUGUUUCCAAGAGUCACAGCGAUCCUCCCUCUUCGCCCCCUUUCCCGCCUCCCUUUGUGUCCUGGAGGCCCAGAGGCGGCGGCGGCUGCGACUGUGCUCCUCGGCGCUCCGCACGGACCCGUCAGGACAAGAAAUUAUAUCCAAAGAUAUUUUGGCACUAACAAUGCGAUCUGUAGCAAAAAAGAUGGGCAGUCCAUUCCAACCCAUGAGAUUUCCAAGCAGACAGAGAGCCAAGACAAUGUAAAGGAGAAUUCGAAAAAAGACUUGCUAAAUAUCCUUAAGGACAUGAAAGUUGAAAUAAGCACAGUAAAUGUACAAACCACAAAGCCACCCAACAGAAGACCACUUAAAAGUUUGGAAGCUACAACUGGCAGACUUCAAAAAGCUACAAAAGAUGCCCCAAAGAAGAGAAGUGAGUCACUGAGUCCUGAGUUGGUGGCUGCUGCAUCUGCUGUUGCAGAUUCUCUCCCUUUUGACAAGCAGACAACCAAGUCAGAGCUGCUCAGGCAGCUUCAGCAGCAUGAGGAAGACUCAAGGGCACAGAAAAAUGGAGAAAGACCUAAAAUUAGUUUCAGUAACAUAAUAUCAGAUAUGAAAGUUGCCAAAUCUGCCACAGCUAGAGCUAGUACAAGACCAGUUCAUCAGAUUCAGUUUGAUGAAGGAUCUGACAAUUAUGUUGGCCAAGAGAAGACCGUCGAUCUUAGAAAAAGGAAAAGUAUAUUUAAGGGAAAGAGACUUAAUAUUUUUGAUGUUAAGGCAGCUACUGAAGAGGCACCUGAAACAGAAACAGCACCUUCACUUUGGGAUGUGGAAUUUGCUCAGCAGUUAGCUGCAGUAAAUGAACAGUCCUUUCAGAAUGGUUUUGAAGAGAUAAUCCAGUGGACAAAAGAGGGGAAACUGUGGGAAUUCCCAAUUAACAAUGAAGCAGGUUUUGAUGAUGAUGGUUCAGAAUUUCAUGAACAUAUAUUUCUGGAUAAACACCUGGAAGAUUUUCCAAAACAAGGACCAAUUCGUCACUUCAUGGAGUUAGUAACCUGUGGCCUUUCCAAAAAUCCAUAUCUGAGUGUUAAACAGAAAGUGGAACACAUCGAGUGGUUUAAAAAUUAUUUUAAUGAAAAAAAGGACAUUCUAAAAGAAAGUGACAUACAGUUCAAUUGAAAACCAUGGAAAUUUGUAUUUCAAACUGUUGGAAAUUGAUAUUAUAACUAAAUAAAAGAAUUUUAAAAGAAG